AUAUCUCAUUCGCAGCGUUCUGCUUUCUGGGAUAAGACCGAUCUCGUGCUUUAGCGAGUAAAGCGAACUGAUCUUGGAGCAGUCUGUAAUGCAAAUCCCGGAACAUUCCAGUGCUCUGAUUGGUCGACCGAGCGUCACGAGACGCGGCACGGUAGAAUUGCUGCACUGCUGAGCUCGUGCCGUCUGUGCUUCAGGUAAAAUGAGUGAGUCUUUAGUUGUGUGUGAGGUGGACGAAGAUCUUGUGAAAAAGUUGAGGGAUUUCCGCUUCAGGAAGGAAACCAACAAUGCUGCCAUUAUCAUGAAGAUUGAUAAAGACAAACAGCUGGUGAUUCUGGAUGAGGAGCAUGAUGAUAUUUCCCCUGAAGAUCUGAAGAAUGAGCUACCUGAAAGACAGCCGAGAUUUGUAGUCUACAGCUAUAAGUACCAACAUGAUGAUGGAAGGGUGUCUUACCCCCUGUGUUUCAUCUUCUCCAGUCCUGUUGGAUGCAAACCUGAGCAGCAGAUGAUGUAUGCUGGAAGCAAAAACAAACUGGUGCAGACAGUUGAGUUGACCAAGGUUUUCGAGAUCAGGAACACUGAGGAUCUGACCGAGGAAUGGCUCAGAGAGAAACUAGGCUUCUUCCGUUAAGAAGACCCGAACAAGCUUACCUAGAUGUUUAAAGAGUGACCUAAAGGGACCAUCACCUCCAGCAGGAGAGAUACCAUAGUCCAUCUGAUACUGUCCGAUUGUGUAUGUUUGAAUGCUUCUGCCCAAACUCUAAACCCGCCUGUACCAGUUCUAUUAAGAUGACAGAAAUUCGAUGUGCAAAAGCAAAGAUAGUAUAACUGCAAUUUCGUCGAGUAGUUAAAUAUGCACUACCCUGCGAAGGUGGCCAAUUCCUACUGCCGUCAUAGUUGGGCAACAUUCUCAUGUCAGCUAUGUAGUAUGUUUUUACAAAACCACACGUCUUCAUUUAAAGCUCUAAUAUAAGUAGAGCAACAUGUUUUCUUCCUGUAUAAUAUAGUGUUCUUCCUGUAAUUUGGAGUGCUUUGACCAAGCAUACAUUUUGAUAUGCGUUGAGUGGCGGGAGGUGAAAGGGUCUUGUGUCUUAUAGUUUUGGGAGAGAGGGUUUGAUCACCUGUUUUGGCCUGUUGUCUUGAGCGUCACAUAAUAAUUUUGUUGCCUUUUAUAAUCUGUGCUCGCAGCUUGACGGAACAAAUCACCACUAAAGUUUUGUAAUGUCUCUCCUUGUGAGGUUAAUUGGGUGCAAGUUCUGGGAUUAUUUUUUAUGCAUUGUUUUUGGGAAAGAUAUUGGUCACCAGUGUUACCCUUACGUCCUCAAGCGCAGAGCAGAAAACUGCACUAUCCCACUUCUUUGGAAAUGUGUACGUUUAGCUGAGGUGUUUUGUGUUGUGAAUCUGCCACAGCCCAUGAUGAACAUGUCUGUUUGUGCUCUUAAAUGACUCUCUCUUUCUCAUUGCCCAGUUUAAUGCUGAAGUAAAGCCAGUUUUACUGUUCUUGAGUUUAUGCAACACUGAACAUCUCAGCAACACGUCACUGUUUCCAUAUUUAUAUCAAAACAAUCUUUCUGUUGGCCAAAAAUGUAAACACUGGAAAACUGCCUAAAUGUUUACAUCUUCUGAAAAUCUCAGCAGUUGGAGAAAAAGAUCUCUGCAGAACUCACAAUUCUGUGAGCUUAAAAGUGGGUCAGGCUCAGUUGUGCUUUGUGUCUGUACAUCUGUAGAACCCGUAACCUGUGAUUAGUGCUGUUCCUAUUAAACUAAUGGCUGACUGGUGGUUUAUAUGAUGUGGACAUCACAUGAUAUACCCCAUAAUGUAGUGAACUGUGUAUGUGUUUAAUGUAAGUUUAUUCACUACAAGCUGUUGUGAUUUUUUAAUUGACUGAAUUAGAUGCUUUUCCUGAUCACUUAUAACUCAAGAUCUGUCUCCGUUAACCUUUCGAUAUGUGUCUCAAUUACAUACAUUUGUCUGCUGUUUUGAAUAAAUAUAGAAGUGUUUUCUUCUUUUAAAGUGUGA